CGUCGGUCCGAUCUCCGGUCUUGCGAAGCCACUUCAACGAACACCAUCACGUGCCACUGUCCAACUCACACUCAACCACCGACGACGAUUCGGUUCACGCGCCAGAGCGGCUGAUACGACGAGAACGACAUCUAUAGAAUGGAUUUGACGGCAACAGAAGACAUUCUACGCAAUCCUGCGGCCCUACACUCCCUCAAGCGUGAUCAGUUGAUCCGACUUUGCAAGAUUCACGGUGUCAAAGCAUCAGGGAAAAAUGUGGACAUUGCUGAACGUCUAGCGAACAUACCACUGAAAGCUACACAACAAGUGCCGCAAUCGCAACUCGUCACAAUCAAGGAAGACACCGUUACCAGCAUUGGUACCACUAAAACAGGAAGCGACUUUGGGAGCGUCAAAUGUGUGUCUGUCAAACAAACUUCUUUAACUUCUCCUCAUCCCAAAUAUAGCAUCAUUAUCAUUAAAAUCUAUUGUGUCUUCUUUCGGUUUCACUUCGCGCAAAACCACCUCUACUCCGCCCACGUCAAUAUCCACCACCGCUACCUCUCUACUAUCUACAAUGUCAUCACAAGUCUCAUAUGAAGCCAGCAUUCCUUUACCACCAUCCCCUCCACCUCCACUGAUUACCCCGUUCACGCCUCCUCCUAACGUCGAUACAGUACGUCUGGUCGCUGCUCCCCGUCCGAGCAUGGGUGGCACCCCCA